AUGAAGAAGAACUCACUGCAAGAUGGGGUCUGGGAGAUGGGUUCCACUGGCUUGGGGGAUGGGUUCCUCGUAUGGGUCAAGUUGGCCCCAACAUACCCUGUUGCUUGUGGGCUGGGAAAUGGGUUGCAGAGGAUUGAGGAUUUGGAAAUGACCCCAGAGGAAUGGUUAUUGAGACUGGCUGGGGAAGGGCUGCUGUGGCGCAGGGUGUUUGUGUCCUGGGGUAAGACCUGCUGCAGUUCGGCCUUCACUGCACUGAACUUCUGGAAGGAGCCCUGAAUGAGUAGCUGACCUUGGGGAAUCUCGUUCACCUGAAAAUCAUGGAAGUCAAGGAGCUGGAGCACCUCAUUGGGUAACAUGCUCAAGAAUUACGGCUUUUAUCCCAUAGUCUCUGCCAGCAAUCUAACCCAUUUUUCAGAAUCAAUGUUUUCAUUUCCCCUCUGCCCAACUGCACCUGUGUAUCCACAAUAUUAUUUUUCUCUGCUCUUUUUGCUAUUAUAUCUACUGUAGCGUGUCCAUAAACUACUGUAUGAGCCGGAAUCCAAUAGAACUGAAUUUCAAUAUCAUCAUUUCUUUGUUACCCCAACAACAGCAUCAUAUUAUUUCUAACCAUAAAUCCUCACGUUCUGACUUUCCAGAUCUUAAACUACACAAAACUGAUGCAGUCCCAACAUUUUACUACUCUCCGUGGUUACGCCUCCUCUGUCCAUUGCAAGCCAACAAUUAUCGCAACCAUUUCUGUUGAAUGUACAGAUCAAUAAUUUGUUAGUCUCAUAGAUUAACAUGGAACUCAGGAAUAAACACACCUGAUCAUGUCUUCCCAUUCAUGGGAUCCUUUGAACCAUCUGUAUACACGGCAAGACAAGAAUAAAACUGAUUACUAAUAUAUUGAUCCACUAUUGUUCCCACAGUAUCUUCUUCACAACACUGUUUCUUUUCUUCUAUCAGGAUAAGAUCAACAUGUGGUCUUGUAUAAAAUUAAAUGAUAUCAAACUCAACCGUUUAUAUUUUCCAGUGAUGAAGACAUGGAUGUCUCAUGGUAUUGUGCGGUAUGCAAAAUAGGUAAACUUUAACUUUAAAUAGGCAUCUUUAUCUCUUGAAUGUUUUACGCAUUUAGGUCCACAAAGUCACUUUCUGAGCAAUUCUACAAUGGGCAAAUAUGUAUGGAAGGUUUCAUUAAAAUCAAAAGAGCUGCUGUCAAAAACACAUGCAAUAUGAAAAUAUGUCACAUAUUAUUCUGUGAUCAUUUGUGAUUUGAAUCUUGAGUUGAUACAUAGGCUAUUUUGAUAAAGCCAGCACAACGACUUCAUCUUAAUUUGUCUUACCUAGCCUUUUGCAUUGGCUGCCAGUGUCUUGCGGCGGACCACUGUCUUGGAAGUGGAGGGACAACGCUUUCCCCUUGUCAGAGAGUCGAGAGCGGACAGCCCUGAGGUAGUGAGAAGAAGCACCCUCCUAUUCUAUUAUAUGCAUGUCCUCUACAAGUAUGGUUCUGUUCAAGGGUAAAGCUAAUCCUAAUGUUACUUGUGUGUGUGUGUGUGUGUGUGUGUGUGUGUGUGUGUGUGUGUGUGUGUGUGUGUGUGUGUGUGUGUGUGUGUGUGUGUGUGUGUGUGUGUGUGUGUGUGUGUGUGUGUGUGUGUGUGUGUGUGUGUGUCUGUGUGUGUCUGUGUGUGUGUGUGUGUGUGUGUGUGUGUGUGUGUGUGUGGGUGUGUGUGUGUGUCUGUGUGUUACAGGUGGACAUGCCAGUCAAGGCCACUCUUGAUGUGAGCAUGUUCCCCAGAGAGGGAGGUGUGGUGCAUCCUCGACAACCAUGGCUUUGAAGUGGAUGACUACGAGCUUCCCCAUGGUCAGCUGCUUGUUCAGGGCUCCUUCCUAAAGCGCAGAGUAAUAAAGGCCUAACUCCAACAGCUCCUACCCCAACACACCCAGCCCCAACACACCCAGCCCAUCCCAACCCAGGCCAUCUCCAAAGACAGUAAUGGCUCCGCAAUGUAUGCUGGGAGCAGAAGUCCCAUUUCGGUGAAUGGGGAGCAGUUCGGACGCAUCCUGCAGUCUUCUUCACCUACCAACUCCUCAUCGCGGGACUCAGAGGGCACAGAGGGCACAGAGAACAGGAAGGGAUGCAAUGAAACAAUAUCAGUUCUGUGGUCCUCGAGGGGAAGAGCCCAUAGAGUGCUAUGGAAAUGAUAUCAGUUCUGUGGUCCUCGAGGGGAAGAGCCCAUAGAGUGCUAUGGAAAUGAUAUCAGUUCUGUGGUCCUCGAGGGGAAGAGCCCAUAG